AUGGGCGGAGACCAGUCACUACGAAUCCCGAAGAAUAAGAGCACCGGGAACCUACAUCCCGUCAAGUACGAUGCACCCUCGUUUCCUCAGAGAACACGCUUCUCCUUCGACGCGGGGACCGCUCAAGAGAUGAACAAUCUCAAAAGGGCUGCUCGUAUCGACCAUGACGGCUUGGGCAGGUCCGGCCUUCGAAGAAUCAGACGACAAGGGCCGUCGCUACGAACCCCUACGCUGAUCUUGGAGGCCGGAGAAUUUAUUGCUCCUGUGCUGCAUCACUCCAAGACUGCGCCAAUAUCAGGCUCCUCCAGCCGGUCCGUUUCAACGGGCUAUAUGAUGAGCGGACCCUCUUCUCCUGUGCUAGAGGAUCUUCAUCGCUUUCCCUCAGAAUCUCUCCACUCAUUCUCUUUCGCCAAGCAGUCCGAGGAGGUCCUACACAGCAGGCAGAACAUUCUUCAGAAGUCAAUCGAUUUCGUGAGGGACCGUUCGUCAUGGGCCUCAAAUCCAGCCUUGGCUCACGCCCAAGCGCGAGUCAGUGGGGAUCCAGAGCUUCAGGGCAUGAUGGACCUGCUCAAGAAGGCAAACAUCAUUCCCAUCGACACAAGCAACAGCAGAUCCAAAGCGGUGGGUCUGGGGCCCUUCACGGGCCCUGCCCACACCGAUGGACGCAAUGUUUUCGAAAAGAGCUUUGGCCGGGAGUUGGAGCAUGCCGGACAGGAAGUUGCGAGCCCUGACCCCGAGGAAGCAAUGCAAAGACGAAAAUAUUCCCUAGAUGAUGACAUGUCGCCGAAUGAGCCUGGUCUUGAAAUGCAGAUACCGCCAACCAGAUCAGAUUCUAUAGAUGUGCCUCCGCGGACGGGCCUCAAGAGGACGUACACGGAUCUGCACUCUCUGUCUCUACAGCAGAAGCUUAUAGAAGCACUUGCUCAGCCAUACUCGGCUGAUGACAACAAUCUUACGCAAGGCGCUGUGCGCGCUUCUUCGAUCACAGGUGUUCCUGCUACACCUACCACUGGAAAUCCCUCGUCCGUCCAUACCCACAGCAGCAAGUGGUCGCCUGCGCACCAGGCUGUUUUUCGCACAACGGCAGAUGCUCCUUGGACGAUUCUGGCAGCCAAUGAUCUGGCCUGCCUGAUCUUCGGAGUUACACGAGCUGAACUCCGGUCUUUGAGUAUCCUUGGAAUCAUUCAGGAAGAAAGAAGGCACUGGUUGGAGAUGAGACUGUCGCGACCUGAAGAAGUUCAGGAACCGCAGUCCCCGUCCCCUCCGAAGAGUGAAGCGAGAAGCACUAGCCUGUCAUUGGUAGGGUCAAGAAGCGGUAUUACAGCUCGGCUACUUAGUAAAGCUCCCUCUCGAGCUAACAAAUCUUCAGAAAGAGCAAGGACGGACGAUGGCUCUGGCGGCCACUACAGCCCCAAGCCUAAGAACCACCCGUCAAACAAAUCAAGGGGCGUCCUGCUUUGCGGAGACAUCGUGCCCAUUCAAAGACGAGAUGGCAGCAAGGGUGCAGCCAGCUUUUGGGUCAUGGAAAAACGCGGUGGUCUUAUCUGGGUGAUCGAAGAGAUCACCGAGGACGUCGCAUACCUCGAUAUUGAUGACAUGGGCGCGGUGAAAAGUGCUCAUGGUGAGAUACUUGCCAUUUGGGGCCGGUCCGACCUUGAUGGCACACCCCUCAAGUCUCUCCUUCCAAAGUUCCCGUUGGAUGCACUUGACUCCCACGACAAACAUUACAUAGGGUAUUUCGCAGCAGAAACGAUUGAACAUGUCCGUAUACCGACCACAGUGGAGGUAUCACCGACAGGAGACCAGAUCCGAAUUUCCAGUCUGCCUCACAUAGCAGGUGUCAUGGUCUUGGACCCAGAUACUCUUAAAAUCACGAGCUCGAACAGCAUAUUCUCAGCAGCUCUGUUUGGGUAUCCGAAACUUGAUGGCUUGCGUAUCGCUAGUCUGAUCCCCAGCUUCGAGGAUGUUUUGAGCAUUCUAAGGCAGGAUGACGGUGUCGACCUCGUUGAUGGCAUUGUUGUGCCAGAACACAGCUUUCGUCGAGCUCGAACCAUUCUCUCACUUCGCGAAGGCAAAGAAAAUCCUGCCCACAUAUUCUUAAGGCCGUGCGGUGUCCCCGCUAAACAUCGAGAUGGAUCGGACAUUAUGGUUGAUAUUCAGAUGAGAGUCAUUCGCAGUGAAACUGUCUUUCCCAUGUCGGAUGAGGCUGUGAUCGAGGAAAAAGAUGAGCUCCGGGCGGAAUCAAGUGUUGCCGUGGCGGAGCUUGUUUACGCACUCUGGAUCAUCUAUUCCCGCAAUAUUCAUGGUGUGGGAAUAGGCCCCAACGAUGAUAACUAUUUGGCGCAUGAACGCUCUUUGUCGCCACCAUCACAACCAGAACCACCCCCAACGCUCCCUUCUCCACCUCCAGUGCCCUCAGACAGAUCCGGAGACAGCUCCCAGCUUUCGCUUGUGGCUGAUCAAUCAGAUGAAACAGAGUCCGUCACCAUGGAUGAACCGCUCGAACAUCCACCUCCCCAUAUGACAUAUAUUUCUCACAAGAAAAAGACCAUUGAUGACUUCAUUAUCUUAGAGGAAAUGGGCUCUGGAGCAUACGGUCAGGUUAAGCUUGUUAGAUACAAGAAAGGUCAGUCGAGGAAGAUGGUUCUCAAGUAUGUGACCAAAAAGCGUAUCCUGGUCGACACUUGGACCAGAGACCGCAGGUUGGGCACCGUUCCGUUGGAGAUCCAUGUCCUAGAUUAUCUUCGUCGAGAUGGGCUCCGACACCCUAAUAUCGUGGAGAUGAUUGACUUCUUCGAGGAUGAUAUCAAUUAUUACAUUGAAAUGCUACCUCAUGGCAUUCCGGGUAUGGACCUGUUCGACUAUAUCGAGCUGAGGACAAACAUGACCGAGGCCGAGAGUCGGAACAUCUUUCGCCAGGUAGUGGACGCUAUUCAUCAUCUCCACACGAAGGCUCUUGUGGUGCAUCGAGACAUUAAAGAUGAGAAUGUUGUUUUGGAUGGCGAAGGACGAAUCAAAUUGAUUGACUUUGGCAGCGCUGCAUAUAUCAAAAAUGGACCAUUUGACGUGUUUGUGGGAACUAUAGACUAUGCUGCCCCGGAAGUUCUUCAUGGCAGACCCUAUGGCGGCAAGGAACAAGACGUAUGGGCAUUGGGCAUAUUGUUAUACACCAUUGCGUACAAAGAAAAUCCUUUUUAUAACUUAGAUGAAAUACUCGAUCACCCACUGCGGGUUCCGUUUUUGCCAUUUUCUGAAGAAUGCCUAGAACUCAUUCGGAAGAUGUUGGACCGUGAUGUGGACAGACGUAGCACCAUUGAAGAAGUGCUUGACGAUCCUUGGCUUGAAGAAGACGAUGACUGA